AUGACCUUCACGAUGACCGAAGCGCAGAUCUGUGAUAUUAGCCCGGAGGCAAAGGAGGAGAUCUGCAAAUUUCGUUUCCGACGAAACGCAACCAAUACUGCGCUGAUUCUGAAAAUUGAUCGCGAAAAGCAACUUGUUACCGUAGACGAGUUGCUGGACGAUGUGGCAAUCGAGGAGCUGCAGGAACAGCUACCGAGCCAUCAGCCACGCUAUAUCAUCUAUAGCUACAAGAUGGUACAUGAUGAUUCACGGAUAUCCUACCCAAUGUGUUUCAUUUUUUACACACCGCGCGACAGUCAGAUGGAACUGUGCAUGUUGUACGCAAAAACUCGGAUGGCUUUGCAGCGUGAGGCAGACCUAACGCGGUACUACGAAAUACGUGAGCUGGACGACAUGACCGAAGACUGGCUAAGGGAAAAACUUCGAUAA